UUAUUGAUCAGUAUCGGUUCUGCGCGCUAGGGUUGGGUUGUGGAAAAUUCUGUUUACAUUUCUCUCUGCGAAUUUUUUUCAGCUCUGAGCUUUCUUCGCUCCAAGAAGACAUCAAAAUGGUAUUUUUCGAAGUUUGUGGGCCCAAUGAGGCAAUGGUAGUAUCGGGUUGCUGCCACUCCAAACCGCUUCUGGUCUCCGGAGGGCGGACUUUUGUCUGGCCAUGGAUUCAGCAGAUCCAGAAGCUGUCACUGAACACCAUGACGCUGAAGAUUGACACUGAUAAUGUCUAUACCCGCCUCGGUGUGCCCAUAUCCGUCACAGGAAUUGCCCAGGUCAAAGUUCAAGGACAGAACAAAGACAUGCUCCUGCAGGCCUGCCAGCAAUUCCUGGGCAAAACUGAGCACGAAGUUGAAAUGGUUGCCAUGGAAACACUGGAGGGUCACCAGAGGGCCAUCAUGGGGACGAUGACAGUUGAGGAGAUUUAUAAGGACCGCAAGAAGUUUGCCAAGAAUGUGUUUGAGGUGGCCUCUUCCGACUUGGUGAACAUGGGCAUCAGCGUGGUCAGCUACACCCUCAAGGACGUCCGAGAUGAAAAUGGAUACCUGAAAGCGUUGGGCUUGGCUCGUACUGCCGAGGUGCACCGAGAUGCCAGGAUAGGUGAGGCUGAAGCCAAGAGAGACUCCGGUAUCAAGGAAGCCCGUGCUGAGGAGGAGAGGAUGGCUGCGCGCUAUGCCAACGACGUCGAAAUCGCUAAAGCCAAGAGGGACUUUGAGCUGAAGAAGGCUGCGUACGACAUGGAGGUGCAGACCAAGAAGGCGGACUCGGAACUGGCCUAUGACCUGCAGGCUGCCAAGACCAAGCAGCGUAUCAAGGAAGAGCAGAUGCAGAUCCGCGUGGUGGAACGCACGCAGCAGAUCCAGGUACAGGAGCAGGAGAUUUCCCGCAGAGAGAAGGAACUGAAGGCCCAGGUCAAGCAGCCGGCCGAGGCAGAGAGAUACAGGCUGGAAACCCUCGCUGAUGCUAACAUGAAGCGUGUCGUGAUGGAGGCAGAAGCAACUGCUGAGGCGAUCCAGCUGAAGGGUGAGGCUGAGGCCUUUGCCAUCGAGGAGAAGGCCAAGGCAGAGGCGGAGCAAAUGGCCAAGAAGGCUGAUGCUUGGAAGGACUACCAGGAUGCUGCCAUGGUGGACAUGGUGUUGGAAACAUUACCAAAGAUUGCUGCCGAGGUCGCCGCUCCGCUGGCCCAGGUCAACAAGAUCACUAUGGUGUCCAGCGGCAAGGGAGACGUGGGAGCCUCCAAGCUGACCGGCGAGGUCAUGGACAUCAUGAACCGUGUGCCUCAGCUGGUGGAGAAUAUGACCGGUGUCAACAUCUCCGAGGCGAUCACUGCCACCAGAGUCUAAGCGGUCAGUCACCGACAAGGCACCAAAGGAUCAAGCAUAGACUCCCCUACAUGGUGAGUGGACCAACCCAUCAUCAAUUAUGCAUCCCUUGGUUGAAAAUGGAGGAGUCCCCUAUCUUGAACGUCACAAAGAUAAAUGUAAUAUAGCUAUUAUAUCAUAUUCCAUAUGUAACCUUGUUGUCUCGUAAACAUGUAUUUACUUUUUCAGAGGGAGCUGUCGGAGAAUAAAUGAUGUAUUUUUAAAAAGUGUAAAAUAAAAAUGGUUUUAGGGGAAAUAAAUGAAAAAUUGAAACAAGGGAAAAGUGAAAACCCACCUUAGUUCAUUGGCUGAUAUUUGAUUGUUCUGAAACUAAAACUUUAGAUGGAGAUUUUAGUCCUAUUCAAAAUGACAAUCCUGGUAAAAUUUGAUGCUGAAUUUUAAGCUUAUUUAAGUUUGCAAAAAUACUUUUGCCAUGGAAACAGCCUCAACAUUUGGCCCUGGUUUUGAAUGAAUAUUGGAUUCAUGACUUUUGCAACCCAGUUUGUCCCCAUAUCCCACUGUAUUGGCCUUUGACAUGAAUAGCCUCAUUUGAAACCAACAAAAUGGUUCAAUAAAAUCAGCUCAGAUUGUACAUAAAAUCUUGAUCAAGUUGAUGAAGAUUUGUUUACAUCAGGCUCCAUAGAUGAUUUGCAUAUUAACUCUUGUUUCAAACAGCAGCAUGAUUAUAAAUUUAACAGAAACCUCGUGUAUAAGUGCAGUUAUUUCAAAAGGGUGCAAUUGUAGUUUUUGGACUUAAAAUGAUACUUGAGAAAUUCACAUAGAGUAAACGUGAGAAGAAAAGUAGUAUCCAUACGCCACUUCUUUGGUUGCGU